AUGGACGAUAUCUUUCACUGGUGCAAGGAUGGCAAUGCAAUGCUGGUUCGAGUGUGGCUGGACGAUACGGCGCACGACAUGAAUCAGGGCGACGACCACGGCUUCUCGCCCCUCCACUGGGCGUCCUUUUCCGGACACACCCAGAUCGCGGAGAUGCUCGUCUCGAAGGGGGCGCGCAUCAAUGCGACGAACAUGGGCGACGACACGGCGCUGCACCUGGCGGCCGCUCACGGCCACCGAGACGUGGUGAUGCUGCUGCUGAAGAACAAGGCGGACAUCAACCUGCUGAACGAGCACGGCAACACGCCCCUGCACUACGCCUGCUUCUGGGGCUACCGCGACAUUGCCGAGGACCUGAUCAACUCGGGGGCAAUCGCCAACAUUAGCAACAAGUACGGCGAGAUUCCCUUUGACAAGUGCAAAGGCCUCCUCCGCCAGCAGCUGGACGAGCUGGCCAUCUCCAACGGCCAGGACAUGUCGCGCAAGUUCGCCUACAAGGACCAGGCGUGGUACGGGACGACGAAGCGCUCCCGGGACGCCACGCUCUCCCGCUUCGCCGGCCUCGCCCUGGAGGAGCUGCUGCUGCAGUCGAAGGUGAGCAGCACGCCGUCCGGGGAGACGUGGAAGGGCGUCUGGCAGCGUAACAAGACGGAGAUCAGCGCCAAGUUCCUCGCCGUGGGCGGUGAGGCGCGCAUUCCGCGCGACUUUGCCGAGGAGUACCCCCGGCUGCGCAUCUUCUCCCACCCGAAUGUCCUCCCGGUGAUCGGGUGCGUCAACUCGCCGCCCAACCUGGUGGUGGUCAGCCAGUGGAUGCCCUACGGGUCGCUCUACAAGAUCCUCCACGAGGGCUCGCCCAUCGUGGUGGACACGCACCGGGCGCUGCAGUUUGCCAUUGACAUAGCGCGGGGCAUGGCCUUCCUCCACACGCUCAAUCCGCUGAUUCCGCGCUUCUAUCUCUCCUCCAAGCACAUUAUGAUCGACGAAGACCUGACUGCCCGCAUCAACAUGGCGGACGCCAAGUUCAGCUUCCAGGAGAAAAACAAGCUGUACAGUCCGGCGUGGAUGGCCCCCGAGGCGCUGCAGAAGAAGCACUCGGAGAUCAACGUCCGCGCCGCGGACAUGUGGUCCUUCGCCAUCCUCCUCUGGGAGCUGAUCACCCGCCAGGUGCCCUUCAGCGAGCACUCGCCCAUGGAGGUGGGCAUGAAGAUCGCCCUGGAGGCGCUGAGGGUGUCCAUUCCGCCGGGCAUUUCGCCGCACAUGUCGCGCCUGAUCAAGAUCUGCAUGAACGAGGAGCCGGGCAAGCGGCCCUCCUUUGAUCAGAUCAUUCCCAUUCUCGAGAAGAUGAAGCUCUCGUGA